UCAAUGCGCGUAACCGUAUCGUGUAUGAGUCUUUCGUGCACAUAUAUGACGAGGAGCACAUCAUAUGCCUGCACACAUGCACGUGCAUGACACCUGCACGCGGAACCUGCGCAGAGAGUGGCACGAUAGUUUUUCUUUUUAUUUGUUGAUGUCAGUAAAAAGGAAUGAAUACCAUUUGCAAUCGUCCAUUGUUACUAGGGACCCUUCAAAGCUGUUAAGCUUGCAGUAGGCAUUUGUUCUACCAAUGGAAAUAAUACGAUGAUGCACUACUCAAACUGGCUUAUUGGGGUGAAAAACAGGGCAAGCAUUAGAAAUGCAUGUAAAACGCCUAACAUCGAAGAGGACAGCAGAGGACAUCCCGUCGAAAUGCAGAAAAAGAACCCAUCGACUAAUCGAAAAGCAUCCGAGCUGACGUUAGCGUUCGGCAUAUCCCUUUGGAAAAAAGGCUACAAAAUAAUCAAAAAGAUUGGGGAAGGAACAUUUUCAGAGGUGGUGAAAACUCAAAGUGUGAAAGAUGGGAAAUUCUACGCUUGCAAAACCAUGAAGCAGACAAUUACCAGUCUAGAGCAGGCGAACAACCUUAGGGAAGUCCAGGCCAUGAAGAGACUCAGCCCACACACCAAUAUCAUUCAGCUGCAUGAGCUGAUAUUUGACAAAGAAUCUGGCACCCUGUCCUUGAUUUGUGAACUGAUGGACAUGAACAUGUAUGAAUUCAUACAAGGUAGACAAUCUCCAGUGCCUGAAAACACGAUCAAACAAUACAUGUACCAGCUUUGUAAAUCCCUAGAGCAUAUGCACAGGUGUGGCAUCUUUCACCGAGAUGUGAAGCCAGAAAAUAUUCUCAUUAAACAAGACACCCUUAAGCUUGGAGAUUUUGGAUCCUGCCGUAGUGUGCACUCCAAACCUCCGCACACAGAGUACAUUUCCACUCGCUGGUACCGGGCCCCCGAGUGCCUCCUCACAGAUGGAUACUACAGCCUAAAGAUGGAUAUCUGGAGCACCGGCUGCGUUUUCUUUGAGAUCUUCAGCUUGAACCCUCUGUUCCCUGGAUCGAAUGAACUAGACCAGAUUGCCAAGAUCCACGAUGUGCUGGGGACACCAGAAGUCAGCGUCCUGCAAAAAUUCAAGCAGUCCCGGGCGAUGUGUUUCGAUUUCCCCCCUAAAAAGGGAAGUGGUAUCUCCCGGCUGAUCCCCAACUGUCCGGCACCAGCCCUGUCUUUGCUGUACCAGAUGUUGGCCUACGACCCAGAUGAGCGCAUCUCCGCACAGAUGGCCUUGCAGCACACUUACUUCCGGGAAAUCAGACUGGCUGAGAAGAAAAGUGAAAGUCUGAUGAGGACUAUUGAGGCAGUUGAGGCAGGGGACACUGGUAAGAUGCCUCAUUCGAUAGAGCACAUCUGGCGGCCAGCCCGAAUCGGCAAACAAGUGAGGGGAAGACACUCACGACAGACUUCUUUAUUAAGUCAUAGCAUAAAACAUGGAACCGAGCCCCUGAUGAGACGCAACAUCCCCCACUAUGCAGCGGAGUUACCCAAGCUUAACAUGGUGGUCCCGGGACCACAGGUCUCCUACCAAGCCGCCACGGUGCCUCCUCACGCUGGGGUCCACCGGAACUCACUGCCUGCAAUCUCAACCAAGAAGUGCCAUUCACGGUUGGCCAAGCCCAGGGAUGAGUCACAUCGUGCCGGGCUCAAGGCCUACUACAUGCCACCUCUAGACAGAAAACGUGGAGGUUACUGAGGGAAAGACCAUCAACCCUGACGGGCUCAGAAAGACAAAAUAAAGCGCUUUUUUUAACCCCUAUGUGUGUGAUGCAAGUUGGUCGGUGAUGUUUUGUACAGCAUCAGAAACAAAUAUGUUUUAAAAAAGAAAGAUACAAACUGAAUGUAUGGCCUUUCGAGGAAUAAUUACAAGAACAGUAGAUAUCCACAGAUACUGUAAAUGCCUAAUAAAAUCAAACUUCCGAUUUAUUUUCCUGAGAUUUUGUACAAUGUAACCCACGGUAAUAUUGAUUCAAAGUUCUAAUUCAGACAAUAUAAACAAGAGAAAAUUGUUUCCCAAUUCCAUAUUGCAAGGUAUCAUGACCCCAUGCCUAAAUAGCAUUUAUUUUAUGUUUUUGGAUGAAGCACUUGUGUAUGAAAACCGCACUAGCCGCCGUUGUAUUAUAAACCAGCUUUGCAUAGUUUCCUUUUUAUUAUCUAUAUUUAUAUCCAUUUGUUGAACAUUAUUUCACAAUGAGCACUAACAAGACCACGCCUGGCCUCAUACUUUUAAUGGAGGCGCUUAAUAAAGGUGUUGUCCCCGAUCAAUCUGACAGCCGUAGAGGAAGGAGAAUGUGUAAUGGUUACAUGUUAUAAUGUCUGUCAGACAUAUAAAGCCACCAUUUUCUUGUUUACAAUUGUGACGAGUCCCGCGCCAUGUCAUAAAGCAUUGGUUGCCUGAAAAGGAGCAGCAGUGACGACACCAGCGCCUUUCUGAAAAGUCCAGAUAUUUUUUCAACUACGAGCGGCCCAACAAAUAAGGCGGAGCGCGAAGACACUGGGUGCAGCACUUUGUCUUACGGGGGGCCAAAGCGGCCCAUCUCCUAAUAUGCAAAAUAAUUGAAGCUAAAAAAACGCUUAGUGGACAUGAUAAAUAAGCAGGAUUUGGUUCGUAAGUUAUACACAUCACUUAACUUGAUUGCACAGUGUAUCCACACAAUUAGAAAACCUUUACGUGUAGUAGGCUACAAGUAAUAACAAAGGGAGUACCCAUUAGGAAGAAAAUACUCGAUGCAUUAUGCCAUAACAAUUGCAUUGCUCAGAGAUUGACUAGAGCAUGACUAAAUCUAAACUAAAUGUUUUGGACAUUUAGAAUGAAAAUGUGUCAGGUCUCAUUUGGUUGAGGACUCCGGCAGCCUGCAGCAAAACAAAGUAAAGUUUCAAGUAAUAGGUCUUGACACAAAGGAAGAUUGUUGAGAACAAACGAGAAAAAUAUGUUUUUUUUUUAAUGAAGAAUAAAUUGUUACGUGUAAAAUAUUAUCCACAUUAAACAAAAAUGUAUUCGAUCUUUGUCUCCUAGUUAAUGUAUAAGGUAAUUCGACUCAUCUUGGCAGUAAUUGGUGAUUCACCAUAAAUAAAGUAAACUAAACAGUUUGACACACCCGGAUGGUCGUCUUCUGUUCCUCUUGAUAGUAUAUAAUAAAACCCUUCACCACA